AUGUGUGUGCAUCAUGGCCCGCUGCCUGCUGGGUUGGGAGCAGUGCCGUACUGCUUUGCCGCUCCUCAAGGUCGUCCCCACGUGCGUUCGAUGAGGACAAGUGUAAGCAGCGGCUUGCUCGUAUCACUCUACUGUAAGUAUUUAAGCACUACGGCAACAGAGCCGUGGGAGGGCCUCAAGGAGAGCAGGAAGACCCUGAUUCCCUGUCGAAGCUGUGCUGGGCAGGAGUGUGCAUGCAUCUUGAUUGGCUUCCGUGGGCCUCCUGGCGCAGGCCCACUGGCUUCAGGCGUGGUGCAUCAAGGGCUUCUGCGUUGGCGAAACCCAGACGUUGGCCUUUUGUUUGAACUGCGGCCUCCCAUAGUGGGAACACAAGUGACGCGGACUGCUGUGGCUGUGGUAUCCAUUGGAUAA